AUGAGCCGUCAGAGGACCAGUCAUAAGCGGCUGUCUCUGCUGUGGGAGGGGGUGGCUCUGAGUCUGUGGUUCUGCUGCAGCUGUUCCUCGGGGGCGGCCGGACCGGGCGGCGGUUCGCUGGAGUGGCUGCUGUCCGAUAAAGGGCCCUUCCACCGGUCCCUGGAGUUCCAGGAGGCGCUGGAGAGGUACCAGCAGGGCUUCAGCACCCGCUACAAGAUCUAUAGGGAGUUUGGUCGAUGGAAGGUCAACAGCCUGGCAGUGGAGAAACGAGAUGGUUUUGGUGGCAGUGGUGGCUUGGCUUUGCCCCUCGACCCAGACUUCAUGCACACUGUCCGCCAGCUGGGGAGAAGGCCGACCCUCCACAUGAUUACAGAGAGUCUAAUCAAGAAAUACGGCACCCACCUCCUUCUCUCUGCCACUCUGGGAGGGGAGGAGUCUCUGACAAUAUUUGUGGACAAAAGGAAGCUCAGCCUGGAGUCUUCACCAUCAGGGAGCGAGGGCAGCAUCAAGAACUCUAAUACGACAGGCGCAGUGACUCUGGAAGCCCUCCACCAGCUGGCUGCCUCCUACUUUACAGACAGAGAGGGCACCCUGCGCAGGCUGCACCACCUCCAGAUAGCAUCCACCACCAUACGGGUGACUGAAACAAGAACUGGUCCUCUUGGGUGCAGCAACUAUGACAAUCUGGACACAGUCAGCUCUGUUUUAGUGCACAGUCCAGAAAACAAGGUUCAGCUACAAGGGCUGCAGGUUAUCCUUCCAGCCUAUUUACAAAGCCGUUUCAUUCAGGCAGCGCUCAACUACAUUGGCUGUAAAUCUGAAGGCCAGUUUGUCUGUCGGAACAAUGACUGCUGGUGUGAGUGUCGACUGGACUUCCCACAGUGUAACUGUCCUCACUCUGACCUGGACACUCUGGAAAUCAGCCUCACGCUCGUCAGAGAUGCUUUAAGGCGGACCAACCAGGAAUUUGAGGAAACUGAGGAAUUCCAAAGAUUCAUUGGGAAACUGCCAGCCCAUUAUGCUGUGAACACAUCUGUCGUGGAGCACUUGUGGAGGGCGGAUGCUGUCCUGCUUCAGCGCUACAGGCAGCUGGAGACCAGCAGCAUGCAGCUUUUCAACAAAGCUCGCCGUGCAACUAACAAGCUCUUCAGCCUUAGCAAGAGGUGCCGAAAGCAGCCGAAGAUUAUCCUGCCGAGGCUGAGGCCCCUUCACUUCUGGUUGAGGCACGCUCUCUCCAUGUUGUACUGCAGAGAGAACAAGCAGGUCGGUAUUUACAGUGACAAGAGCCACAGCUGCUCCUGCCCCUACGAUCACCCGCCCUGUCAGGGCCUCGUCCCCUGCUUUGUGGGGGAUGGUCCUCGCUGUGCCUCCUGCUCGCUGGAGAAUAAGACUCGAUGUUCCAGCUGUAACCCGGGCUUCACCCUGAUUCAAGGAGCCUGUCGGCCCGCUGUGCCCGACCCCACGGAUCCUUACCUUGGAAUGGAAAGUGACAGAGACCUACAGGAUCUAGAGCUGCGCUACCUGCUGCAGCGGCGGGACGCACGGAUCACUCUCCAGGCUGUGUUCGUGAGCAACGACGUGCGCGUCAACACCUGGUUUGAUCCCUCCUGGAGGAAGAGAAUGUUGCUCACCCUCAAAAGUAACCGGGUCAAAUCUAACCGGGUUCACAUGCUCCUUGGACUCACUUUGCAGUUUUGCAUCAGCAAAAACAGCAGUCUGGAGCCAACACUGUCACUGUUUGUCAAUCCUUUUGGUGGUAGCCAUUCAGAAAGCUGGCCCAUGCCCAUAGGUCAGCACGGAUAUCCUGACUGGGAGCAGACCAAGCUGGAUAUCCCUUUGGACUGCUACAACUGGACGUUGACCCUGGGAAACAGAUGGAAAACCUUUUUUGAGACCAUUCAUUUCUACCUGCGGAGUCACAUCAGGGACUCCUCAGGAAUGUCAGGAAGCACCAAGAAUGUGACUCUUUACCGCGAGCCUCCUGAAGACAGUGAGACGCCCAACAACGGUGGCUAUAUGAAAGUGAACAGCAUGCAGUUGUUUGGGUACAGUGUGCACUUUGACCCUGAAGCAAUCCAGGAUCUAAUUCUGCAGAUAGACUACCCAUACACUCAGGGAUCUCAGGACUCCGCCCUGCUUCAGCUGGUGGAGCUGCGCUACAGGGUGAACCGCCUCUCGCCUCCGGGGGCUCCGCACGUAGAUCUGUUCGCCUGUCUGCUCCGCCACAGACUCAAAUUGUCCAGUGCAGAUGUGACCAGGAUACUUACUGCCCUGCAAACUUUCAGUGCCAAACAUCCAAACCACACAGAGUACGAUGCAACCAAACUGUGUGGUUAA